AUGAAAAAACUAACAAUAAAUUCUCAAAUAACUUUGGAACCUACAUAUCUACCCUCUCCAUCUCCACAACCGCACUUACCGCACAAGUCACCAUCCCAUCAGUACACAAUCACUCCAUCACCUUCUCCGUCUCCACAACCGCACCAGUCAUCAUCCCAUCGGUACACAAUCACUUCAUCACCUUCUCCAUCUCCACAACCGCACCAGUCAUCAUCCCGUCGGUACACAAUCACUCCAUCACCUUCUCCAUGUCCACAACCUUACCAGUCAUCAUCCCGUCGGUACACAAUAACUCCAUCACCUUCUCCAUCUCCACAACCGCACCAGUCAUCAUCCCAUUGGUACACAAUCAUUCCAUCAUCCUCUCAUUCUUCACAGCCGCACCAUCCAUCUUCCAUAAUGCAAUCAUACACUUCUUCAUAUCAAACAUCGACAUUUACUAGUAGUGAUUCAGACCAUAUUUCUUCAAAUUCAUUGCCAUUGUGUAAUGCAACAGAAACAGUUAUUAACGAAGAAUGUACAUAUUCUUUGGAACCUCCAGUAAUUAGCGUUCCAUCACCGCCCCAUUCCUCAACAUCUAAUUACAUGCAGGGUGCUUUAAAAGACUUUAUUAUUUUUACUAAAAAAUAA